UCAAUAAAUUCACAUUGUGGGCUAAAGAAAAUUGUGUUUAGAAUUUCUAAUUAAUUUAUUUGCUGUUUACCUGUGCUACAAUCUCAGUGAGUUGCGGGAGAUAAAUAAAGACAUGCAAAAACUGUGAUAAGCAUUAAGAUUUCACCAUGAAAACACGCUUCAAUUCAUACGAUAUUAUAUCUGGCGUUGCUGAGUUGCAGAGGUUGGUCGGCUAUCGCGUUAACCAGAUCUAUGAUAUCGAUAACAAGACGUACCUAUUCCGUCUUCAUGGAGGGUCAUCAACAGAGAAGGUCACAUUGUUACUCGAGUCGGGAACGCGUUUCCACACAACAGGAUUUGAAUGGCCAAAAAAUGUGGCUCCCUCUGGUUUCAGCAUGAAGUUAAGGAAACAUUUGAAAAAUAAGCGCCUUGAGCAAAUUAGUCAACUUGGCGGCGACCGAAUAAUUGAUUUUCAAUUUGGUACUGCAGACGCUGCCUAUCAUGUACUUCUAGAGCUCUAUGAUCGCGGCAAUGUUAUCCUGACUGAUUAUGAGCAAACCAUAUUAUACAUUUUACGGCCACACACUGAAGGCGAGAGUGUGCGAUUUGCUGUUCGUGAGAAAUAUCCCAUUAACAGGGCCAAAAAGGAAAGCACAGAGUUGUCCGAAGAAGCAAUUCGCAACAUAAUUGCAUCUUCAAAGCCUGGCGAGCAUUUGAGACGAGUCUUAAUGCCAAUCUUGGACUGCGGUCCUGUUGUUAUUGAGCAUAUUCUUCUUGAGCAAGGUUUGCAAAAUCACGCCGUAAAUGUUUCCCCCGAAGAUGUUAACGAAAAGGAAAAAGAACAGGCUGAAGAGGAAUCCUCAAAGACUCAAAAAUCCAAGAAGAAAAACAAGAACCGCAAUCAACAAGUCAGCAACGUUGCUGUUAAAUCUUUUGAUGUGGAAGCGGACUUACCCAACUUAAUGAAAGCCAUCAAGUCUGCUUAUGAUAUCAUUGAAUUGGCAAAAAAUAAGAGCUGCAAAGGUUUUAUAAUUCAAGUUAAGGAAGAGAAACCCACGGAGGGGGAUAAGGUUGAGCAUUUCUAUAGAAAUAUAGAGUUUCAUCCAUAUCUCUUCACUCAAUACAAGGAUCAGCCAUUUACCGAGUUCCCAACUUUUAUGGAAGCAGUUGAUGAAUUCUUCUCAACGCAAGAGUCACAAAAGAUCGAUAUGAAAACAUUGCAACAGGAACGAGAAGCUUUAAAAAAACUAUCCAACGUGAAGAAAGAUCACUCAAAACGGUUGGAAGAACUUAAUAAAGUUCAAGAUUUGGAUAAGAGGAAAGCGGAAUUGAUAACUUGCAAUCAGAGUUUGGUAGAUAAAGCCAUCUUGGCAAUUCAAUCGGCCAUUGCCAGCCAAUUGUCUUGGCCAGAUAUUCAGGAGCUGGUCAAAGAGGCCCAAGUUAAUGGAGAUGUUGUAGCCAGUGCGAUAAAACAAUUAAAGUUGGAGAUCAAUCACAUUUCGCUAUUGCUGAGUGAUCCAUACGGUGCAAGUGAUAGUGAAAAUGAAGAUGAUAAAGAGGAAUCGAUUGUUAUUGAUGUAGAUUUGGCCUUGUCUGCUUGGGCUAAUGCCCGACGAUACUACGAUCUAAAACGUUCAGCAGCUCAAAAAGAAAAGAAGACCAUCGACGCGUCACAGAAAGCUCUGAAGUCAGCGGAACGUAAAACACAGCAAACUCUUAAGGAAGUGCGCACAAUAUCAAAUAUAGCGAAAGCUCGAAAAGUUUUCUGGUUUGAGAAAUUCUAUUGGUUUGUUAGUUCUGAAAACUAUUUAGUUAUUGGAGGAAGAGACGCGCAACAGAAUGAAUUGAUUGUAAAAAGAUAUAUGCGACCGAAAGAUAUAUAUGUCCAUGCCGAUAUUCAGGGAGCUUCGAGUGUUAUAAUUCGCAAUACAACUGGAGGAGAUAUUCCACCCAAAACACUACUUGAAGCUGGCACCAUGGCAAUCUCGUACAGUGUUGCAUGGGAUGCAAAGGUGGUUACGAAUGCAUAUUGGGUCAAUAGCGACCAAGUGAGUAAAACUGCACCCACAGGAGAGUAUUUGGGUACUGGAAGCUUUAUGAUUCGUGGAAAGAAAAACUUCUUACCCUCUUGCCAUCUGAUAAUGGGCUUAAGUUUGCUUUUUAAACUGGAAGAUAGCUUCAUAGAACGUCAUAAGGGGGAGCGAAAAAUCAGAAGCACAGAUGAUGACAUUGAUGAGCAGGGCGUACAGGAAACGGAAGUAACAUACCCCAUACUUGAUGAUAUUAGCGAAGCCAAUGAUAUUAGUGAAGGUGCUACAAAUGGCUUUCCUAAUACUGAAGUUAAGGUGGAACACGAUACUGGCCGAAUUACCGUAAAAUCACAGUUGUCUACUGAUAAUCAAGAAACUCCAGUUGUUGAAAAGAUGCCUGAAAAAUUGGUGGAAGAUGAAGAAAUUGCCAUUAUUGAAGCUGGACCUUCUCGGAAGAAGACUCAAGUUUCAAAUAAGAAGAAAAAUAAAGAAAAAGGACGCAAUGAUAAAACUGAGGUUGAGAAAACUCAAGCCAACUCAGGUGAUGCAGAACCCAAUGCUUCCAAUAAAUUAAAACGCGGCCAAAAGGGUAAAUUAAAAAAGAUGAAAUUGAAAUAUAAGGAUCAGGAUGAAGAGGAGCGUAAAAUUCGAAUGAUGAUACUCAGUUCAUCUGGAAAAGACAAAUUACCAGCAAAUGAUGAAAAAGAAGAUGAAAAAGCAAUUGCAUUGAAAAAAGGACCUAAAGUCGAUAAAACUGGAGAAUCCGUCCCGAAAAAUCAAAUCGAUAUUGAUGAAAACGAUGAUACCCCGAUUGGCGUUGACGCUGAUUUGUUGGACUCUCUUACAGGUCAACCACUUGAGGAUGAUGAGUUGCUAUUUGCCAUUCCAGUAGUAGCUCCGUACCAAGCAUUGCAGCAAUACAAAUUCAAAGUAAAGUUGACACCUGGCACAGGAAAACGAGGUAAAGCAGCUAAAGUGGCAAUUAAUAUGUUCUCCAAGGACAAAGCCUGUAACAAUAGGGAGAAGGACUUAUUGAAGAGUAUAAAAGAAGAAGCACUAGCUAGAAAUAUCCCUGGAAAGGUUAAGAUUUCAGCACCACAAUUACAAAAGUUUAGAAAGUAAAUAAUUUGAAAUUGAAUAUGAAAGGAAAUUUAUUUCAAAAUUAAAUUAACUGAUUUUCAUAUAAAAAAAUAAGAUUGAUUCAACCGAAAAAGAAUUAAUGGAUACUUUUAAAUGUUAUAAUCCAUCUAUAUAUGUAUGUAAAUUCAACUAUUUGAUUUAAUGUUUGUUGAUUUCACUGUGAUAAGUCAUUGAAUGACUUGGUUGCUGAGUGAUAAUAGUUGGAAAUUAAAAAAUAAAAAAAAA